AUGGAUCAACUGGCGUCAGUACGACGGAAGGAACAACUCCUUUCAGUACUACAAGAGGAACAAUUUCUGUCAAUACCACUGAAGGAACUACUCGCGUCAGUUCCGCAGAAGCAACGAGUCCUGUCACUUCCGCAGACGCAACAACCCCUGUCAGUACUACAGAAGAAACAACGCCUGUUGGUACCACUGAAGAGAGAACGCCUGUUGGUACUACAGAUGGUACAAUUCCUGUUAGUACAAAAGAAGGAACAACUCCUGUCGGUAACACUGAGGGAUCAACUGGCAUUGGUACGAAGGAAGGAACAACUCCUUUCAGUACUACAAAAGGAACAAUUCUUGUCAGCACCACUGAAGAAACAACAACCGUCAGUUCCGCAGAAGCAACAAGUCCUGCCAGUUCUGCAGGAGCAACAACUCAUGCUGGUACACCAGAAGGAACAACACCCGCUGGUAUCACUGAAGGGACAACUCCUGAACUACUCGCGUCAGUUCCGCAGAAGCAACGAGUCCUGUCACUUCCGCAGAUGCAACAACCCCUGUCAGUACUACAGAAGAAACAACGCCUGUUGGUACUACAGAUGGUACAACUCCUGUCAGUAUUGCAGAAGCAACAACUCCGAAUCGACAACCCCUGUCAGUACCACUGAAGAGAGAACGCCUGUUGGUACUACAGAUGGUACAAUUCCUGUUAGUACAAAAGAAGGAACAACUCCUACCGGUACCACAGACAGGACAACGACUCCUGUCAGGACCACGGAUGGUACUACUCCCGUCGGUAGUACAGAAGGAACAGGUCCAAUCAGUACCUCAGAAAGUCCUGUCAGUUCUGCAGAAGCUACAGCUCUUGUCAGUACUGCAGAAGGAACAACUCCUGUUGGUACCACAAACUGGACAUCAACUCCUGUCAGUACAACAGAAGGAACAGCUUCUGUUGGUACUACGGACAGAGCAACUAACGCCAGUAGUACAGAAGGAGCAGGUCCUGUCAGUUCCGCAAAAGCAACAACUCCUGUCAGUACUGCGGAAGCAAUAACUUCAGUAAGCACCAAAGAAGGAACAACUCCUGUCAAUACCACAGAAGGAAGAACUCCUCUCCAUACUAAAGACGUAACAUCUCAAGCGAGCACCAAAGAAGGAACAAUCACCGUCAGUAGGCCUACCACAGUAGCACGGAGCACAGACAAAACGAUUCCUGUAAGCACAGAAGGAACAAAUCCAGUUAGCAGUACAGAAGGAAAAAAUCCAGCAGCCACGACUCAAGGCUCAACUAGAGCUAGAACCACAGCCAUCACGACCAUCUUGGUUACUACACCUGGUUGCAAGCUGAGCUGUGAUAACAAAGGGGUGCUUGAUGCAAAGUUCUGCGAGUGCGUAUGUCUUCCUGGCUACUCAGGCGAACGUUGUGAAGUGCCUCCUGAGAAGAACCCGUGCUCGGCAGAGCCACCACCAUGUGAUAAAGAAGGAGAAUACUGUACUGUCAAUUCGACACCUAGUGGAUACGAGUGCUUAUGCCGUGAAGCGGAUGGUUAUGUGCUAGAUAAAAACAAUUGCAUACGUAAGAAGUCUUUCACAGCCAAGCUCCGUGUGACAGAUAUAAACGGCGUCGGGGCAGAUUACGAGCCAGCAUACAGAGACAUCCAUUCACAGGCUUCUCAAGAGCUAUUUAACCAAGUGACACCAGUUAUACUCGAAACGCUGAGGAACAACCCGGCGACUUCGGCGGUGGAGGAAGUCAAUGGUGUUGGCCUGGCGCAAGGGAGCGUCAUCGUCCAGACGGCGGCAACUUUCAGUGUCAACAGCACCGUCACGGGUUCACUCAUCGAGAAGGUGCUGAAGACGGACGCUUUGAACGACGGCAAUUCGACUCUUACUCUGGACCCUGAAGCACUCACAGUGUCAGAAUCAACAACUGAGUGUCCUUCUGAUUUCUGUGUAAAUGAGGGAAAGUGCGUAAAAACUGGCUACUAUCCACAGUUUGAUUAUACAUGCAGUUGUCCUGGAGGUGUGAGUGGGCCUAAUUGUGAAAUCGUUGAGGGUUUGUCCCCAUUUGUCAUCGUCGCCAUCAUCUUCGGCGGCUUGGCUGUCCUGGUGGCCACGGCGGUGGCCGUGUUCUGCCUGUGCGUCAAAACGCGACAGGAGAAGGGGGUCAAAGACUUGGACAACGCAGACUGGGACUUCACUGGGCUGGAGAACCCUGAGCUCCGCACGACGUCAUUCUCCAAGGGCGAAGUCAACGGUGCCCGGCGUGAGGAGGACCCUUGGGCACCCAGGGGAGUCUUGGACGUCCUCUCUCCCGAAGAAGAGCAGCGGAUGAGCCAAAUAGCUGAAGUGAUGGCUAGACCACCUCAAGAAAUUCAGAGAAGUGGGUAUAACGACCAGAGGACCAGUCUAUAUCAAUGGCAGAGCAUCCCCCUCCCCAGGGCGAGAAUUUACCGGCAGCAGGAGGUCCUACCUGUUAGAAUCGAAAUGAACGACAACGAUGGUGGACGACGGGCCCGGUACCACUUUUCCAACAUCUAAUCCAGCGCAACCAGUCCCCCCCCCCGAUGUGCCACCAAUACACUCACCAGUGCCCUCUGUCUUCUAACAAUAACGGUGGGAAAUGCAGAACGAUUCAGGCGCGUGGAAGUAGUUUCAAAACUCAAACAAACCUGGACUUGAUAACCGAUGUUGCUUGCUCUAAUCAUAGAGCAAGCAACAGUGAAUGAUAGGCCUACAUGUAUCAUUCUCCUCAAAUGGGUAUGGGAGUUCAGGUCUCAUAAGAUGUGUAAUUAUUUAUUAGGUUGCCUUGAACUCGUUUAUACAUUUCAGUUUUUACUAUUUCCCUUUGACAUUGUAAAUAUGUCAUGUACAUGUGCAUUUCAAGAAAUAAUUUAAGCUGGUGAAAAUUGUGCAAA